AUGCCCAAAUACACCGCGAUCAUCUCAUACGACAGCCGCGAGGCCUACCAGCAGCACGGCAGCCAGAUCGAGCAGAUAGCAAACGAUCUUUUCAAUGCAAAGGGCGCUACCGAGCAGACCCCGUUCUUCUCCACCCGGAGCAUACCCCCCUCUCAUAGGACCUCAUUUGUUGUCCCUGAUGGUGUAUCUGCAGAUGAGCUGAGGAGCGCUGCGUUGCCGGAGGGUGUGAAGUGUCAGAUUAACGAGGCGUGA